UAGGUUAUGUGUGUCGAUGUCGAAAUACCUUGAGCUUACGUUUAUGUUCAUCAUGGUAAUUUAAUGGUGAAUUAUAAUUGAUAAAUGUAAAAUUAAUUUCUAUUAUCUGAAUUUUUUGUGCUUUUCUUUUUUCUUUGAUUACCAGGAUGCUCUCAUUUCUUCCAAAUUUGUCUCAUAAUUCGAAUGUAGAAAUUUUGAAAUUAAAGUAAACUACAAGAAAAGGAUCUUCACGUCAGAUAUUGCAGUGUGUUUGGCUACCAGUUUCAUUGAUAUUUAAUUAUUUUGACGUGCAAACUUCAUCUAUCUGAUGAAAAAUGGAGAGGUAUACAGAACUGAAAGCUAAAAUCGUGGCCUCUAUAGAAGUUGAUGACAUUGAGAAGAAUGUGGCUUCAGUUUCACAGUCAAUUUCUGAAUUCAGUGAUAUUAUAAAUACGUCUGACAAAGCUGCAUCAGCUGCUAGAGAUGACCUGAGUAUCCUCAUACCACUAUUCAACAAAUACGUCUUAUCUACAAACACAAAAAUUCGUCAAGCGUCUGUGUCUGUGUUUACAAAGCUGCAGGCAAUAUUCACUGAAAAUUUCAAAUUGAAAAAAUCUGACUGGUGGGAGGAAUACAAGAAUUCCAUUGAAGGAAAUUGUCAAAAAUUGGCAGUAUUAAUUGGCAGAGGAUGUGAUGAAUGGCCAAUCAUUUGGUGCACCAUGACUAGAUUGGUUGGUGAUGAACUACUUUCAUGUGUUAAAAUCACCAAUUGUCUAUGUAAAAUUAUUGAAAAGGCUUUCAAGAAUAAGGCUGAGAAUAAAUACAAGGAAGUUGAGAAUGGUUACCGUUGUUGGAUGGUGAUAGUAGAAUGUUUCACGAUGUCCAAAGAACCUUUGAAAAAAAGCAAAGUCGACUUCCUGUUGAUGCCUUUUAAGUCUCCAUCCAUUGCUCAAUCAAAAACUAUCUGCGAAGUAAAAUUGGAGGUCUUUUUCAACACGCUGUUGAGAUUGGGUGGCUCAGAUGAAGCCAACAUUGAUAGUGUGCUGCCACUGCUGAUCAAUUACAUGUUCAACGGGGAGAAAGCUGCCUGCAAAUCUAUCGCUCCCAGAUAUUGUGCUGAUCUGUUUAUAAACAUAUUGAAAAUACCGAAAUUCUUCAAACGGCAAACCACUCUGCUGAUUAAUGCAACUGCAACAUGUAUGGACCUCAUCAAGGAUAAUGAACAGCUUUCAGAACUAGCUUGGAUAACUGUUGUAGAUAGCUUGAAGAAACACAUUGAAAAUGUUGGUGUUGAUAAUCCAAGUACGCAUUUACUGUUCAACGAAUUGGUCUCAGUAAUUGACAAGCUUGCAUCUAUUCUACCAAGUGUGCAAUUCGCUGAUUUGUUAAUGAUUUGCAUUCAAGGCAAAUACAAGCUUCUUCCUCUGAAAUACAAAUUCAAGAUGCUGAUUGAUAUUGCAAUGAAGCCGAAGCACUUCAACCAGCUAAAAGAUCAAAUCUACAAUGUGAUCGUAGCACUUCUCCGUCUAUUUGCGCCUAAGGAAAGAACAGAGAAAAUAUUCUCAGUUGCGUUAGAUGCUCUUCAAAUUGUCGCAGCUGACACUGAAAACAAUGAUCAGAAAACAGAUAUGCCGAAAGUGUUGGGUGAAGCAUGGAGGGCGAUUGCUGUUUCUUUGAAUGAGUCAUUACAGUGGAUUGAUGUGACUGCUCAGUUCAUCUGUCCUUACUUCUUGUUUCCUGUAAAGAAAAAUGUUGUCAAGUACGAUCCAGUACUCGAGAAAGAUUGGACUUCGUCUUGGAAAACCCUCCUGAGUGCUUGUAUGAAGGUUUCGACUCCUAAUAAAAAGAAUAUUAUCGAUGAACUAAUCAAACAUUUUGCAUCAUUAGAAACUGAAUCAUACGCUACCAGUCUAGUGGCUUUUAACAUGAUGAGUGAUAUUUGUGAAUCAUUCGAUGCAACACCAUAUUACUCUGGGGUCGUGGAUGGUCUUCUAAAAAAAUCGAAUUCUGACAGCUUGAAUGGCAUCAUCCAGCCACUUCUAGAGUCGAUGCUGAAGUACGCUAAGAAAAACCAUAGAGAAGCUCACAACCUGUUGGAAAUUGCAAAUAAACUAUCCAAUUCCAAACAUGAUGUCUCAACCUCCAUGCUAUCCAAGUUUUUCAAUAAUAUGGCUAUGAUAGAAAACACUACGCCCGAGAAAAGCAGCAAAUUCUUACACAGAUUGGCAAAAGCUAAGGAGAUCCAGUCACAGAAUAAUAAUAGAUCGCCAAGCUCUUCUCCCAAGGGACUCUUCCACUUGAACAGUAUUGAAAAGAAGUCCUCGCCGUUGUCCAAGUUUUCACCCUCGGUUAAAACUGCCAGAAAAACUAUUGAUGAGGAAUCAUCGCAGGACUUUGUCAUGGUACCGCCAAAACCUAAGAAAACUGUUCUGACCAAUCAUCAGAAGGAAAUGCUUUCCACCAGACGGUGCGAUAUUCCAGCUUUAUAUCAAGAUUUGUCGCAGGAUACAAUGUCCAUGGACAGUAUGCUGACUGCCGGAACCAUAGAUGGGCAAGAUAAAAGUAUUUUGAUCAAGAGAGAUCAGACAAUUGUUAAGGAUGGAGUUAUUCAAUCGUUAUGUGAGGACGCUGUAGGAUUCGAUUGUGAGAAACCAGCUAUUAAAACAGAAAUAGUUGAAGAAAAAGAAAUUAUCGAAGAAACUCAAGUUCUUGAAAAAGUGGUUGAUGUGGUGAAAGUCGAACCAAGUUGUCAAGUUGUGGUAGAAGACGAAUCAAGUUGUCAGCCUAUUGAAGAGCAUCAAGAUGAUAAUACAAAGAAAGUGGUCUCAAGUAAUGAUGUAGUAGCUGAAAAUCAAUGCAAGGAAUCCAAGGAGAACGGUUCAGAUAUUCCCAUCCAAAGCACUGAUGAAGUUGUUAACCAAAAUUCAGAUGACACCACGAGUGAAAAAACUGCAAAUGUGUCGGAAUGUACGAGUGCAGUGGACGAGCAGUCAGGGGCAGUCGUUCAUAGUACAGAUGCAACUGCGCUUCCACCAAUAGAAACAAUGGAAACUGAAGAUAGCGUUGCUGCUGUACCAAAACCUGAUACUAAAGUGAACGGAUCAGUUGAUCAACAGGAAAUUGAAGGCAACAAUGCAUGUGAACAGGUCACCGUCAAGACUAGGAAGUCGGCAACGCCUCUACGCAAAAGUGUUAGAAAAAACAAGAAUAAAAUUUCGCCCAUCAAAUUACUGGGUAAAAGACGAAGUUUGUCUACAACUGGUAUUGAUGUUACAAAAUCACCUUCUACUGCAAAGAGAACAAAGCUUCAGUCGAGGAAGUCGAUUGCUGUGGUACAACCGCACUCACAUGAAACCACAAAACAUGUGACUGAUGUUGUCAAACAGCCUUCUAACAAUGUUCAAACUUCUGAGGACAAAGAAAGUUCAGCGAAUGGUGUUUCCAAGAUUACCAAAGAACCUUGUGACACUGCGGGAGCGUCUGUAUCCAAAACAGAAGAAAUUGAAGACACUAAAACAGUUGCGUCAAGCAAUGCAACCAGUCAAGGAAGGAAAAGUGUUACCAAGCAGAGAAAAAGAGCGCUUGAAAAAACAACAUCUGAAACAGGCAACUUUGAAGAAAAGAGUCCGACUUUGAAGAAACGUCUACGAAAAUCGUUGGGUGCUACCAUUAACUCAAAUUCUCCAGGGAUAGUAAGGAAGAAACUCGCUAUCAAAAAUACUAAAGAGGUUGAAGAAACUGGGAAGCAUUCAACAGAGAAUAGUGAGACGGAAUUAUCAGAAUUCAACUCCAAAAACGACCAAAAUAAGGCUGUUGUAGAAAAUUCCGCUGAAACAAAAUCUGUCGAAGAAUUGAAAAAUAAUAAGAAUGAUGAAACUACCAACCCUGAAAAUAAUUCAAGUACUAUAGAAGAUAAAACAACUCGUAAGUUAGCUACUACUUCUACUGAUACCACUCCAAAAAGACAGAGAGUAACUCCUAGAAUCACUUCAAAAAAGAAAAGCCCGUGUGCGUGUUGCAGUGAGGAUAGCUUUGUGUCGCCCAGAGUUAAACGAAAAGGAGAAACGGCAAGAACUCUGUUUGCACAAUCUACUCCAUCCCGAAAGAUUGAGAAGAAUGCCAAACAAUUGACAGGUGAUAAAAAGGAAGGGAAAGAGUUGAACAACAGUGUUUUGUCGGAAUUAAAUUGCAUACAGGCAUCUUCUGCCAGUAAUACAGAUUUGUCACCAAGAAAGAAUGAAGUCUUGCAAUUGACUGAAGCUGACCAGAAGCCUGAAAUCGGAUCACCAACAUCGAAUGAUAGUGCAAUAAUUGAUAUCCAUAUUUCAGAAAAAGAAAAAAUGGAAUUUGAAAACUGUACCCUGAUAGAAAAUUGCGAUGGAAAAGAAAAUCAAGAAUUCAACCUCUCCCCUAAAAAGAAAAUUCCAGAAGAAUCUCACAAUGAAAAAGUAAUUGAGGAUUUGAAGGCAAAGUUGUGCACUGAUAUCACAAAAACCAACAAAGAGAUUCAUUCCAAAGAUGAAACUGUCAAAGAAAGCGUUGCUUGUGCUGAUCAAAAGCCAGAUGAGGACAGUGACUUGAAAGGUAGCACUGAGGUACCCAAAUCAAAGAAUAAACACAAAGGCUUGGAUUCAUGGCUUAUAAGAUCUCCUAAAGUUGGCAGAGACAAGGAUAGUCAUGAUGAAUCAGCAACUAAAGAGAACCCUGAGCUCAAUGAAUCGAAUCUCUCCAACCACACGGAUGCUCAGGGAGUAUCAGCCGUGUCAGACUCUGACGAGAGCUUCAUUGUUAGCUCUCAGCAACCAACCGAUUCAGUUAUAAAGAUCAAGAGGCAGAGCAACAGUUUCGCAAAGAAACAGGCCAUUGAAGAUGUUGUCGCUCCUAGUUGUACAGAGAAAGAUGUGGUUGAAAAAUGCAUUACAUCUCAACAAAGUCCCAAGCAAAUGAUAACAGAGAGUAAUGUUGAAACUGAGAAAAAAUCAGAUUCGUUAUCAAAAUCACAUGUUUGUCGUCGCUUGUUAGAUAAUCUUGAAAAAAAUGAAGAGGAGAAUGAAAAUCAAGAUGAAUAUGAUCAAGGGAGUGAAAAUGAGUCUGACUUGUCAUUGAUUAAUGAUGAUGUUUAUUGUCGAAUACUCUCACAAGAAGCAACAGAGCCCACCAAUGAAAUCUGUACCGAAGAGACAACUGUCGCUAGUCUAAUCUCAACAAAAGAAGAAUCAGAGGUCAGUAGACAUAUAUCUAAUGAUCAUGACUAUGUUUCUCCAAGUCGAAACCAAAAUGCCAAAGCAGAUGAAAACAGGCCCUCGAAACAGAUGCCAAACAUGACAGACCUUUCAGUGUGUUCGAAUGAUGAAGCAUCUAGUAGGCCUACUCCAGUUGAUGCCUGUCAAACAACCAAUAAACCAGUGGAUAAGACAACUGUGCCGGAUGUGAGUUCUGUAAUUGAUGAGCAAGUAGCUACUAACAAAACGUCGCUGGUGAUUGAUGAUUUUCCAAACAAGAAGAAUGAUACAGUUUCAUCCAAGAAUAAUUGCAAAGAUGUAAAGAUAGCCAAACUAUCGUCUCCUGAUAGAAGCAAGAUGCUUUUGUCGCCAUCCAGGGCUACCAGAAUCAAGAGAAUGGUAAUGGAAUGUUCCAAAGAAUCACCCAAGAUUAAUGGAGUAUGUGACCCAUCCGAGACUAAAAUGAAGGUAGACAUUUGCUCACCCGAAAGAGAAGUGAACAGAGAUGAACUGGGCAAAUUAGUUUCACCACCUACAGCUUUCAAAAGCAAACAGUCCGUUUCUCCAGAUCAAUCCUCCACUUCAAAACAGAGAUCAGCCAGCUGUCCUCCUUCUCCGUCCAGAGCAUUGAGGAUAAAACGCCUCAUUGAAAGCAAGUCAUCAGCCGAAGAAACGGCUCCUGUGUGUUCAAGUCCUAAAAAAGCUUCUCUUUCUUCUCCAAGUAAGAAAUCCAUUGAAAAUAUGUUGAGUUCUCCACCACGAACAUCAAGGUUUGAAAAGCCGUUAGUUGACAGUAGGCCUACUAUGCGUUCUCCUGAGAAAUCAGUGAGCUUGGAGGUGCAGGAAGGCGGCUCUUGUGUGGCGAGCAGUCCGCAGCCGCAGUCGGCUAGAGGGAGGAGUGCUCAGUUGCUGGGCCUUGUCAGUGGAGAUUCGCCCGCGCAGUUCCGCCGUCAUCAGCAGACGCCCAAGCGGAUCAGACCCAUCAGGAUCAUAACUGCAUCUGAUGUCGAAACGCAUGAAGGAGAAGAUUGGGUUUGCAGAACGUACUCACCUUCGGCGGUACCAUCACCUAGCAUAUUGAAAACCAGGCUGAGAACCGACGAUGUAUCGCCACAAUCCAGUCCAAGUGUAACCAGGCCAAGAUUGUCAGACGAUCUCAAUGAAACAUCGCCUCCCAACAAGAAGAAGAGAGUAAACUUCCAUGACCCACCUUUGACGCAGAAACUGUUCUUCUUCAAAACUGGAUCAGGAAAGAUUGUUUCUCAAGGGAGGUCCUCAGACCUGGAUCCUAAAAGCCCCGUUCAAGAAACUGUCACAGACGUUGCUGCUACUUCAGUGGAGCCUGCAGAAUCAUGCAGCACCACCAAUAUUAUGACAAAUAACGUCCAGCAAACAGUUAGUGGCUCCUCUUCUGACAACACCGAUUGCAACUUGCCUCCUGCCAGCUCAGCUUCAUUGAAAGAUCUUUGGAGUAAUGUUGACGAAAAAGAAAAACUAGAAUUCAUUACAAACACUAUUUUUGAAAAUAAAGAACUUCUUGGUAUUGCUCUGGCGAAUGUCAAUUGUGACUUGAGAAAACGAUUGGUAGAAACUAUGUGUAAUGAUUCUGAAUUCGUAUCUUUGAUCUCAAAAGAAAAGUCUGUUGCCCGUUGCAUCACGGAAGAUAUCGAAUCUCUCAGCGACAACAUUUGUAAACUAGAUAAGGUAUCGCAACACAAGUUGGUGAAAAAUAUUGAUGAAUCUGUUAAAAUCAAGCUAUUGGGAGACAUCUCUCCUGAAAUGAAAGUAUCUAUUUUCUCAGACGACGUUUCUUCAAAUCCUGAUCUUUUGAAACAAGUCCACAAUAAGAUUAAUGUAGACGACUUCUCUGGAGAAAUCGCCUCUCAUCUCGGGUCAAGCUCAGAGUUGGGAAAGAAGAUUUUGGAAAAGGCUGAUGUAGAUACAGUUGCCGAUUUAUUGAUUUCCGGUAUUAAUGUUCUUAAAGCGAAAAAGCAAUCGAGUGGUUGAGAGGCUGAUUCUCUGAUCUUCGACUUGAAUGUUCUAUGAAAUUAUGACGCACCUUAUCGAAAAGGGAAGCUUCGAGAAGCUUCUCCUCAUGAUAAAAAGUGAUAUUAAUGGAAUAUUCAUGUUCCGAGUUUAUUACUUGUUGUUUUCAUUGUUAUGACUAACUGAUUUUUUCAGUGAUUUCUGUUUAUACGAUAUGAAUUUAUGUAUAUUUUUAUAAUUAUUAGUUAUAGUUUCGAUCAACUCACAACGUAUUCUAUUGGAUGCUAAUUUUUAUGUGAACUAUUGCACUUUGAUCUAUAGGGUCAUAGAGUUAGUUAUUUUAUAGAUCUUUCUCUGAAACCAUAUACAUUAUCAAUACAGAUUUAAGUUGACGCUAAACUUUCAAACCCUACUAUUCCAACAAAACUUUUAUUUUUGCAAUCAACGUUAUAAGUCUUUGUUGAAUUUGUUUUACGUUGAGUUUUUUUUUGUAUCUUGAAAAUAGUUUUAGUGUUUAUUUUAUAUUUUUAUCUACUUUUGUAUGUCGUAUCGAUGUGUCUAGUUAUGACUUAUCGCUAUUCAAUUUCCCUAUUAUGAUUAGUUCACAAUGAUAUUCAUUCACAUUUAAAGUUGAACGAAUAAUUAAAGUUAUAUAAUUAGUUUUACCUUGACAAGGAAUUCGUCAAAUCGGGGGAAAUACUGUAAUAUUUCAGAUUACUUCAAAUAUCGUCCCGCACUAAUCCCGUGCCGGUAUGAACAAGGCUUUAAUCUCUAAAUAAGUUGAAAUACUAAUAUUUUUUUCAAUUUUAUUAAACUAGUUAUUGUUACUAAUCUUGUGCUCUCAUUCCUAAAAAAAAAAACAAUAAAUAAAAAAGACUAAAUUUUUCUUUUUCAAAAACCUUUUAAAAAACACCACCUUGGGUGUUCUUUGUUACUGCUAAGAAGCUUUAUAUUACAACGUGAACUUAAAAAUAGAAAGGCCGAAUGAACGCACUACAAUUUUAAAAAAGACAAAAGCCAACUUGGGUGUUCUGUUAUUGCUGAAAGCAAAGUUUUCUAAGUAAAUUGAAGUAAAGUAUAGAUGUAAGUGAUAUUACAUAAUUAAUAUAUUCCAUUAUUAAAUUUUGAUAUAAUAUCCAUGCAAAGCUUGGUUCAAAAAAUAAGUUGCAUGCAUUUUUCUAUUGCGACAUAUUGUUAUUACACUUCAAGUGUUUUUUGAAAGAAAACAAAAAAUCAAAACCAAGUGUGUUCCUAGAACUUAUCGAUCCAUGACGUUGUGCGUAAAAUUUCAAGAUUAAGAAAAAAAUAGAAUGAUUAUUCUUUUUAUUGAUGUAAUUAUACUUGUCAAUACUAUAAACAAAAAUGUAAGUACUCUUUUUAAAAUUAUUAUGUCACGACAUGUUUCGGCUAAUAAUGCAAUUAUCAAGUAGCCCUAAAGAAAAAGACAAUGUCAAUAAUAUUAUAUUAUUUUACUAUACUAUACCACACUUUACAAUACCGUAGUAUUGUUUUAAAUCAUCUAUAAUACUUUAUACAUCAAUAAUACUAUACUAUGUAUACAUCUUGCUCUUAUUUCAGCUGUUAUAAAAAACGCAAAACAGUAUAAUAAUCAGUAGCCUAUGUGCAAUAGCUAGCAAGGCUGUGGUGAUUUUAGGGGUGCAUCAUCUGAUAAGAAAUAUUAAUCCGUAAUAAUAUUUUUAACUAUCUGUGUAUCCAUUAUUUUUGGUUAAAACUCUUGUGUAUGUUUUAAUCCUUGGUAUAACUUGUAGAGGAAAUAAUUAAAACUGAAUGAUAACCCACUUUAUUUUUUAGUUGUCACUGAAUCAAGCCGUAAGUAAACUGAAUAAGCUGCCUAUUAACAAAUGAAUCACUCAAUGUCAGCUAGUUGUGUAGAAAUUUGACUUGACUGUGCUGUAAAGUGAUCUGUUUACAACACUAUUAUGUAAAAUAUUGCUCACUUCUGGUAGUUCAACUAUCAAUAUGUAUAUUAAAAUUGACAAUGAUUGGACAAUCUCUUGUAGUGAGAAAAAUAUUUUCAUAUUGUAAGUGUAAUUUACUGAUAAAUGUUCUUGUAAUUAUUGUGCUUUAUAAGAUAGUAUAAGUAUAAGAUAGUAAGCCUAGAAAGUUAAGUAAGGUACCGGUAUACAAAUUAUAUUGCAACAAUCAAAAUCUUUACAAUUCAAGAACUAAAUAAUAUUGAUAUUAUAUUUUUCUUUAUUAUACUUUGGUCAUUGCAAGCUCGUAGUCUUCAAUUUGUAUAACGUUGCAAGAUCUCGAAAAACGUCUAUAUAUUCAAUUCCAUAUUAUUUUUACUCAAAAAAUUAUCUAUUUUUUUCUCAUUUAUCUAAUUUGGUAAAUAUUUUGACUUUUCAACUAUUACAAAUUAUAUCUCGCCAAUUUGUAAACUCAUAAUAUUUUUGUAAAUAAAAAUACAUUAUAAAUAAAA